UAGUACCUCUAAUUGCGAGCAAACCUCACUCACGUCUUUUUCCCCUCGUCCCCAUUCUCUUCUGUUUCCUCCAUCUGUUGAACCGCUUGCACCGCUUGAAUGGACGGGCCUGGCUGCUGACUGUGACCUUGCAACACCACGACUGAACUUGACACGACCGCAGGCACCUCCCCAAUGGACCGCCUCCACCGUGUGCCCUCACGAUCUUCACGCCGAAACGAAACCUCGCCGGUACCCCGCUCGGCAGACUCACACGCAGGAAGUGCUACCCGCUAUGACCCACGAUACCACUACCCGCCUCCACCGCCAGCGGCAAGUGAAAGGGCACCGCGCAAGCGCAGGGUGUGGCCUCCGCAGCCAGUCGUAGAGGAUGAGGCUAUUGCUCUGCGGAAAGAAGCAGGCUCGCAGAGGCUGCUGAAAAGUGUUGGUAGAGAUGAGGUACCUUCGCCGGGGACGAUCGACCAGGAUCCUGUGAUAGUGGACAACCCAGAGUACAUCAACGAGCACGAGAAACGAUUUGUGUUCAAGCAGGUCCCAGAUAGAGGAAUCUCGGCGUUGCCGACGCCGCCCACGAGCGAAGACGAGCGAGCACGUAAGGCUAGGCGAAAACCGUCACGACUUGAAUCGAAGAAGGAUGACGAGAGAGCGCCAGAGCUCGCGACGAGGACUGCUUCGCCAUAUGCCUACACUAAGCCUACCGAACUGCAACGGCAGUCUUCGUCGACUAAUCUUUCAACUCCUCCGUCCUCUGCUGCUAGCAGUGCCGCUCGGCUUUCCGCUAGCGGACCAGCCCCAUUGUCUACUCGACGAGACUCUGGGCGUAUAAGUCCUGCUACUGCUUCUCGAAGGAGGCACGACUACAUUGCUUCGCAACAGAACUCGAGCCAUGAUGCCAUCUAUGACAGCGACAAUGAUCGCAAGCCCGCUGACUCGAUGCGUCUACGCAGCAAUGGCAAACGUGUGACAGACCUUCCACUUAGCGAGAGUCCACGCAAUUCGUCUGCCGAUCUGUCACGGCCUAUUGGUGGCAACUUCACAGGAGCACCAUCUGAUAAUGGCACUCCUAUCAGGAGAAUGACAUUGGAUUCCAGGAGAAAUACCGACUCGCACGAUACGCUCCCGACCGUAAAUCGACUCAAUGCUGAGAACUCACGCCGACCGACACCGCUCAUGGCGGCAACAUCACUCAGUGAUGCUCAGAAUCUGCCCUCAACAUUGAACGGCAGGUCUUUAGACCCCGGUUCGGCAGACACCUACACCCUAUCCCGGAAAUCCAGCUAUGGGACAUCACGACCAGGCUCUCGAGAGGGAUCUGUUGUCAAUGGUGCGCCUGCAUCACCAUCACGCUCGGGUUGGCUGAGCGCAGACUUCGGCAGAGAUGAGCGCGCGUCACGGGAAGGUAGUGUUGCCGGCUCAAAGCCGCCCUCGGCGGCUGGUUCACGUCCGCCUUCCCCAAAUGCUCGCCCCUCGGGAGAGUCGCCGCGUAUGCCUCGCACGGACAUGGACUGGUCAGCCUUGCUCGCCGCAAAUGCAGCCAGACGCAACAAGCCUCCUUCUCGCUUGUCAUCCGCGAUCCCGCAAAAUGCGGCGUCCUCAUCAUCGACGUUGGAAUUGCCAGUGGAGGCAGACAGGUCUCGCAAGGGGACAUCACGAGAGACGACUCCUGCACAAUCUACGACCAGCCUGCCAUAUCCAGAAGACAGCGUACUCAUGGGAUCAGCAAUGUUCAUGCCAGCCGAACAGGACUACGCCUACCAGCCAGGCAGACAACAAACGCUUGCCACAGAUUACACGCACGUCAGCGAAAAGGUGCCGAAAACCUCUCUGCCAUCUUCAAGCAGUCCGGCACAGUCCCCCGUGAAACCACUCCGGCCCUCAUUGAACAGAGUUUCUUCCGCCGCUCCUGGCAUGAGCCUCAAACCCACAGAUGCACAUGCAUUCCCGAGUCGGAAUCGUCCGGCCGCAGCUCGACAGCACUCUUUCGCCGAGUCCUCGCAGACUAAAAAGGAGAUUGCGGUUCUUGCCAAGAAAGGAUUGCCAGCCUGCCCAAGACCAGAACCAGUCAGUGGCAAAGAUGACUGGUACACCAUAAUCGGGCAUACCAACAUAGACUUCUGUCCGGACUGCAUCGAAACCGUCUUCGAGCGAACCAUCUUCCGCAACUUCUUUCGUCGAUCGCUUCCACGCAGCUAUAGCGACAAAGUUCGGUGUGGCUUUGGCUCACCUUGGAUUCGACUUGCAUGGCUGCUUACAUUACAGCAACAGCGCACCGACUUGACGCUGCUUCAAGACAUUGCCGACAUUCAAGAGACUAGUGCAGUGUGCCCUGGUGGCGUCAAAUCAGUGCAGAACUGGUACGGCCUGCGUGAUCCCGACGGUCUCUUCGUGCGAGACUUCCAUCUAUGCUACGGCGACGUGCGCAAGAUUGAAUGCUUGCUGCCAUCCCUCGCCGGGAUCUUCGUACGACUACCACAUCGGGCAUCUUACACCAUGAGCGUAUGUGCCAUCCGCAUGGACAGCACCCGCUUCUCAAUUUACCUGGAUGCGCUCGUCACCUUGCACGAGAAAGCACUACUUGCACGCAAGAAUGCCGAUCCGAUGCCUCUGAUCGAGCUGGUAGAGCGCAAGACCCGCCUGCGGGAGUGCACCAAGGAUACUCUCCUCACUGGUGCUUUAUGGCACUACAUCCCCGACCUGUCGCCCGCAUUCACCGUAUGCGAAGACUGCUUUGAAGCUGUGGUGGAGCCCGAGAUCAAGAAGAACCACCCAAUCGCCAAGAAGUUCAAUCGCACCGUCCAGCCUGCGUAUGGAGAAGGUAUGGGAUGCAGUUGUCAGUUGUACUCGCCUCACAUGCGGAAGGUCUUUGCGCGUGCUCUAGAAGAUGAUGACAUGAAAUACCUGGUUCGGAAGGCGAGGGAGAGGCGCGAAGCCGAAAUCUAUCUGCAAGAAAAGUUCCGAGGUGUCAUGUCGAAGGCGCAGAAAUUGAGCGUGGAUGGUGCCGUCACGGAAGAGAACGAGAGGAGACUGAAUCGUGACUUGGAGAGAAUCACGAAGGAGUGGAAGGAGAAGUGGGAGUAGGUAGUGUAGCGGGAGAGAUUCCAGGGUAGAUGCUCAUCCUCUAUGUAGCAUCCAUAAAAGAGAUUAUUCUAUGAUUCCU